AUGUUCUCGAAGUCGUUAGCUGCCUUGUGCAGGAUAAGAUGCACUGAUUCUGUGGGAAUCAGGAGCUUGACUUCGAGUGCAGCUCUGCGUGCUACGAACAGCGAGAGCAGUGGCAGCAUCUUCGGCAGCAUCACAAAGGAAGUACAGCACGAUGAGAGGGACAGCACGAAGCUCACAAAUAGGCUGGCAGCACAGGCAGGGUCUGCAGAGGGCGAGGCGGCGGAUGGCAACGACAGUGUCACAUUGGCGACGGACAAGACCUUGCAGGACUACAUUCUCGCACGCCAGCGGCCCGUGCAGUCACCCGCUGCGCAGCUUCUGUCGCCACUAAAACGGCGGCUUUAUGCUGCUAAUUGCGCGCAAAAUGGCGGCUUCUACAAGAAGGACACGGUGGUGAAGUUGCCCGGGUCAUCGGUGCGGUAUCAGGUGAAACUAACACGUGACGAGCUCGACGCCCUAGAGCCCAGCGUGUAUGUCCGGUCGUACAGAAUAGAGUCAUCCAUCAAGAAGGCGACAGUAUUGCUCAGGUUGUUGAGCGGCCUGGACGUGAAGAAGGCGCUCACGCAGUGCCACUUUUCCGACAAGAAAGUUGCCCGUGACGUGGCCGAGCUUCUCCAGCGGGGGAUCGAGGAUGGGAAGGAACUCGGUAUGGACCCGAACGACCUGUAUAUUGCGCAGAUUUGGGCGGGCUCAGAUGGACAGUUUCAGAAACGUCCAGAUUUUAAGGGGCGGGGUAGACAGGGUGUGAUUGUCCAUCCACGUGUGCAUAUCCGGUGUAUCCUGAAGACCAAGAGCAUUACGAAGAAGAGAUUGGAGAACGAGCGCCUUUUGAAGGAGCUCAACAGGAAGCCAUGGGUGCAGCUGGCGUCCAAGCCCGUGAGAGGCUCCACUGGCGGUGUGUACAAGUGGUAA